AUGUCGCUCGAGUUACCUGCACAUUUCCAGAUCUUUGACGGGGCCCAGGAAGAUGCGAACCACGCUGCGCGACCCCAAUCUUUCACCCUCUUCUCGCAGCUGCCCCAGGAAUUGCGACGUAAGAUAUGGCGGACCUCACUGCAGCGCGAGCGCAUGAUUCAAAUUUGCAUCCAUCCACUCCAGAACACCAACGCCGGCAGCCACGCACAUACUGGCUACGGCGCUGCAGUCCGAGGCCGCCGCGUACCGAGCAAGCUCUUGCGCAUCUGCCGCGAGGCGCGCAACGAAGCCCUCGCCUUCUACCGCGUUCAUAUCCCGUGUUCCUUUACGCAUGGCACCCCGGAACAGGAGCGCGCUGCCGCCUGCACUGCGCCAGGACGCGACCUCCUCCCUUUCAGCCCUGAGUACGACAUUUUGCAGCUGAUCCCGUACUGGCCUGACUACACUCUCAUAACCGAUUUCCUUCUUAGCCUCUGCGCUCUAGACCCCCGCUGCGUAGGUCUGCGCAGCCUCGCUGUCGAUAUCAGCCAGUUGCGCCUCCAGAGCCAACAAGGAGCUCUGCCGCCCCCAGCCGCUGGCGCAGCACGCAUGGCCGCCUUGCGAGCGCUGUUCGCAGGGCUUCAUGAAGUUUUCCUUAUCACAGCGUUGCCUCUAGGCCGUAUGCUCGUCCCAGCCCGCGACCGGCGUACCGGUGACAGCGCGGUGCUGCUUCUUAACAGCGCGAUGCCGGUCCGCGCGCAUACGCCAGCAUUCACCAGGCUCCCUCGCGACUCUCGGCCGAUCGACCAAGACCUGCGACGGGUCUAUAUGGCGGAUGGACAUAUAGGUGCUGUUCAUUCUGGGCACGCGUUUCUCGCGCGUUUGGGAAUAGAGCUGGGCGAUCUGCAAGCGCAGGUGAGCUGGCUUGUAACCUUCGAGCCCGCUCGGGAGAUCUACAGUCGCGAAAUGGCCGAGGCGUUCCUGCAGGGGGAGGAGGAUCGCUGCAGUAGUGAGCAAGUACCCAAGCCAGGCCUAGCUGAUCAUCUGGAGCGGUUAGUCGACCAAGGGCUUGCGAGCGCCCAUAAUACGAUGAAGGGCUUGUACGAGCUCCCUGAUGUGGCGUUUGGGUUCUGGCGUUUCCCUUUAUAUCCUAGCCAGACUUUCGUCGAGAAGGGCCUUGGAGAGGAGGAGGAGGAUGGGUGGGAGUUUGCGUUCAACUGGGUAACAAGACCUUUGAACGACUUGUCAGAUUGCUGGCCUGAACUGGUGCUAAUGAACUUAGCUUAUUAG